AUUUUCUUUUUUAUAUUUAAUAAUUUGCUUUCCGAUUGCCCAACUUGGAGAGAUUCGUGAAAUCUGAGUCGUCAGAAGAGGAGAUCUAGGGCCCUCUCUCCCUUUCUCUCUCUAUCUCAGUAGAACGGAGAUAUGUAGUUGGAUCGAUCGAGGAGGAGGCUGGUCUUCUUAAUAUCUGUUGUCUCUGCUUGGUCUCUCAUGGUGGAUCGCUCUGUGAGCUCUGUGCUAGGGUUUGGAUUUUGCUUUACCCUUUCUGCGGGAAACUUUCCCCCAAUCUUUUGAGAUAUUGGAAGGUGAAUGCUGAAUCCCAUCUUCUGAAGCCCAUGGUGUUGUGUUUCGCAUCUGAUCCAGGGGGGGGAUUCCUUCUACGAGGUUCCUGGAGCCGUUUUUAAGGGUUAGGGCUUCCUUUUUCGUGGAUUGCCGCUGCUUGGAUCUUGGAGGACCACGCUUGAUCUUAAAAAGAGCGAGCUUUUCUAGGGUUUUUCGUGGUCUCUGAAGAUUUUGAUUUUUACGUUGAGCUUGAGUGCUGGAAGUAAGGAGAAGGGGUCUGCUGAGGGGAAAAUGGCGGCUCUUCAGCUGAGGCUCUCGCUAUGAGGUUGGGGUUCGGCGGGGCCUUUUGGAUGUGAACCUGCCAUGGACAAUCUCGCUUUGAUCUAAAGAAGUAUAAGCUUGAUUUGCUGAUGGCAGGCGUUUGUUAGAUCGUAUUUUUGGCAAAAAUGUCGGUGGCAAGGAGGAAAAAGGACGCUGCAGGCGGGGAGGAGGACGCCAGAGUUUCCUCCUUCCCUGAUGAAGUUCUGGAGCACGUCCUUGUCUUCUUGAAAUCUCACAAGGAUCGCAGCGCGGUUUCACUCGUAUGCAAGGAUUGGUACGCCGCGGAGAGGUGGAGCAGGACUCAUGUGUUCAUCGGGAACUGUUAUUCUGUCUCGCCACAGAUCCUGGUCCGGCGAUUUCCUAACAUCCGGAGCAUCACGCUCAAGGGGAAGCCUCGAUUCUCCGAUUUCAACCUCGUCCCGCCGCAUUGGGGUGCGGAUAUCCACUCAUGGCUGGUUGUUCUGGCUAAGGCGUAUCCUUUCUUGGAGGAACUCAGGCUCAAGAGGAUGACUGUUACGGAUGAGAGCCUUGAUUUUCUAGCGACCUCCUUCCCGAACUUCCGGGCACUGUCGCUCGUUAGCUGUGACGGAUUCAGCACGGAUGGCCUUGCGUCGAUUGCUACACAUUGCAAGAACUUAACGGAGAUGGACAUACAAGAGAAUGACGUACUUGACCUUGGAGGGCACUGGCUAAGUUGUUUUCCUGAAAGUUUUUCAUCUCUUGAGAUCCUCAAUUUUGCAAGUCUCAAUAGUGAAGUAAGCUUCGAUGCUCUAGAAAGGCUUGUGUCACGGUGCAAAUCACUGAAGGUUCUGAAAGUAAACAAAUGUGUGUCACCAGAGCAGUUGCAGAGGCUUCUUGUUAAAGUUCCAAACCUGGUGGACCUUGGCACUGGGUCACUUUUACAGGAACUUACUAUUCGGCAAUUUGCUGAGGUGAAAAGUGCAUUGGGCAACUGUAAAAAAUUGCAUACUUUAUCUGGCUUGUGGGAAGUAACGUCGUUGUAUAUUCCUGCUCUAUCUCUGGCUUGUGCGAACCUUACAUUUUUGAAUUUAAGCUAUGCUGUCCUUCAAAACACAGAGUUGGCUCAGCUGCUUGCAGGAUGCCCUCAGCUUCGGCGCUUAUGGGUCUUGGACACCGUUGAGGACAAAGGGUUGGAAGCUGUGGCAUCUGCAUGCCCAGGCCUGGAAGAACUACGUGUUUUUCCUGCUGCUCCUUAUGAACCAGAUCUUAGUGGUGUGACGGAGUCUGGUUUCGUUGCUGUUUCUCGUGGUUGCCCAAACUUGCGCUAUGUACUUUACUUCUGUAGGCGGAUGACAAAUGCUGCUGUCGAGACGGUGGCCAAAAACUGUCCCAACUUUACUCACUUCCGUCUUUGUAUUAUGAAUCCCUGUGAGCCUGAUUAUUUAACAAAUGAUCCGAUGGAUGAAGGUUUUGGUGCUGUGGUCAAGCAUUGCAGCAAGAUACAGAGGCUUGCUGUAUCUGGGCUUCUCACUGACCGCUCAUUUGAGUACAUUGGUUUGUAUGCUAAGAACUUGGAGACACUCUCGGUCGCAUUUGCAGGCAGCAGCGAUCGGGGAAUGCAGUAUGUGUUGCAAGGGUGCCCCAAACUGCGGAAACUAGAGAUCAGGGAUUGCCCAUUUGGGAAUGCUGCUCUGUUGUCAGGGCUGGAGCGUUAUGAACAGAUGCGCUCGUUGUGGAUGUCUGCAUGCAGGGUGACGAUGAGUGCCUGCAGGAUACUGGCAAGGGAGAUGCCUAGGCUAAAUGUUGAAGUGAUUAAGGAUCCCGAGGGUGAUGAGGCGCAUGCAGAUAAAGUGUACGUCUACAGGUCGGUGGCUGGCCCCAGAACUGAUGCGCCACCCUUUGUUCUUACGCUCUGAUCAGGGUCCCUGGCCCAGCUGUUCCUUUAAAGAGGAGGAUGGCAAGGCUACCGAUGCAGAAGUAGAUGAAGCAGCCAUAGCAGUGGGUGACAAAAGAUCCGAAGUCUGUUCCAACCACGCAUUGCCAUCCUGUGCCAUACUUCCCGUCAAACUC